UCCUCCCGCCAGUCCCAGAGCUGCACCGUCUGCCAGAACCCGGGACGAGGCGUCCCGGGGCGGGGAGGAGGGCGAAGGAAACUGGCAAUGGCUUCAAGAGGACUCCCGGGGUCUGUUGUCCUCGCUGUUGCUGUCUUUGUGAGAGGCGCCGUGAGUUUGCCGCUCGUGGCACCGGACAAUGGUGGCAGCCGCGCACUGCACUCCAGAACAGAGACGACAGCAUCGCCCACUGACAAUACCAACAGCGGACACCCCGAAUAUGUUGCGUUCGCGCUUGUCCCUGUGUUCUUCAUCAUGGGCCUCUUUGGCGUCCUCAUCUGCCACUUGCUUAAGAAGAAAGGCUAUCGUUGUACAACAGAAGCUGAGCAAGAUGUAGAAGAGGAAAAGGUUGAGAAGAUAGAGUUGAAUGACAGUAUAAAUGAAAACAGUGACACCGUUGGGCAAAUCGUCCACUACAUCAUGAAAAAUGAAGCAAAUGCUGAUGUUUUGAAGGCAAUGGUAGCAGAUAACACCGUGUCUGAUCCUGAAAGCCCUGUGACCCCCAGCACUCCUGGCAGCCCACCUGUGAGCCCCGGGCCCUUGUCACCAGAUGGCACUCCAGGGAAGCACAUCUGUGGCCACCAUCUGCACACAGUGGGCGGUCCCGUCGAGAGGGAUGUGUGUCAUCGGUGUAGGCACAAGCGGUGGCACUUCAUAAAACCCACCACCAAGUCCAAAGAAAGCCGUCCAAGGCGUCAAGGGGAGGUCACCGUCCUCUCUGUGGGCAGGUUUAGAGUUACAAAAGUGGAGCACAAGUCAAACCAGAAGGAGCGGAGAAGUUUGAUGUCGGUUAGUGGGACUGAAAGCGUCAACGGGGAUGUGCUUGUGACGCCUGUGAAGAGAGAUCGGAGUAGCAUGGGGGAGCAGGAAUGACUUUAUUUGAAGAAUUCUAAGAGACUGAAAACGUAGCAAGAUAUGAAGUUGCCCAAGGAAUAUAUUUUAUCUUUUGUAUGACUUCUAUCGUGGAGUAUGCAGGCAUAUGGAAAAAGCUAAAAGGAAAUGUUGUUGCUCUACUGGAUACAGAAUUCAGUUGGCAUUGAAACAAGUUUUGGUUUAAAAAAAAUCUGGUGAAAAAUUUAUUACGCUUCCAGGAAAGAAAAGAACUCAUUUUUUUAUCUCCCCAACUACCUUCAGCCACUGCCCCUUCCAAUCAUCCAUCCCUGGCCUUAGUGUAUACUGUUUUUCCAGAAUGAUCACUAUGUACAGUGGAACUAUUCAUGUACAGUCUGAGCUGAUGCUUUGGGGGGGUGUGUGUGAAUACGUGUGUGUGUGUGUGUGUGUGUGUGUGUGUGUGUACGCGCAUGUAAGUGCUUCUGUCCCCCAACCCUUACUUCCUAUUUUACUACUGGUUGUAAGAAGAUGUUCUUACAGUUUAACUGUUACAAAAGAUAAAGAUGACUCUGGUGGUGAAAGGUCCUUGAAGGCACCCCAGUCUAGCCCUGAGAAACUGACCACGCGAGAGGUCAUGGAGUCAGAUGGCACUAGCUGGCAGACCAAGAACCCAACAUGCUGUUCUCUUAGGUCACUUGUAAAAUAUUGAGAGUUUGUUGUUUGUUUUUUUUUUUAACUUGAACUAAGCAAUUCUUAUUUAGUCCGUUCAAUAAAGGGGAAAAUAGGUUAAAGUCACAAAAACAAAACACUCUUGUUUUGACAACCUGAGGUCAAAACAAAACAAAAAAAUCUCCACUGCUUGUUUCAGAUGGGCCCGCACCUUCCUCUGCCUUGUGUUCCCUGGUGCACUUGCUGUUUUGCAUCUCAUAACUAAUGCUCCUUAUUUACAAGAACCUUCGUGGUUAUUUCCCCUUUGGGCAUGAAAAACCCUACUUUUUUUUUUUUUUUUUGUCUUAGAGUUUAUGAAACACCUGCCAGAACUAGAGGACAUUGCGGUAGGUUGGGCCAAAGGCUUGGAGGGUCCACUUACAGGGAAAUCUCCAAGACCUAUUUACUUCAUGCUUCUUUUAUUUCAGAGAGAAAAGCACAUUUCUCAUUUGACUCCAGGAAAAUGAUUUCCAUUAACAUGUAUUUGAAAGUAGUAUUACAGUAGAUAUACUCAUUCCAUUCUGUUUCUGGCAUCAAACUAAAAGUUUCUAACCUUUUAAAUGAAUGGUAGGUUUAGUUUCAUGUUUGGACUAGAAUGGUAGGUUUAGUUUCAUGUUUGGACAGUGAAUUACAGGAAGUCAGUAAGGGUGUAAAUUUCACUAAGGUCCAAAAAGUAGCAAUGUAAGAGUUUGGGGGAUGUGAAUUAAUGUACAUAAUAUACGUGCAGUCUAGACCAAUAUUUUCAGUUUAAAAAAAAAGCAUCUUUUUUUGUCAUUGUUUAAAGAAUAUGCCCUCAAAAUGGGGAGGGAUAAUAUGUAAAAUAUUCUUCAGCUUUAAGUAUUUUUUAACUUUAUUCAGGUCAGAGCACUUUUUUAAUAGCAAUACAACAGACAAGAGAAUACUCAAAAAUAUUUAAAGUUGUAUUUAUACCAAUAGUACAUUUUAAAUAUUUUCUAAUACUUGAGCAGUUUUUGUCUGUUUGUCUUCCAAAUAUGCCAAAUGUUAAGCAUUCAAUAUUUUCCACACAUAAGCUUUCUACUGGUUUCUAUGAUCUAAUACGUACUCUUAAGUGUUCCCAAAGCAGCUGAUGUUUACAAGCCUUGUGUUUUCCCUCCUUCAGAAGGACUGGGGACCCACAACAAACAUACUAUACCAAACACUAAUGAGGGACUGCCUUCGGGUGUGAUAAGUGAGUUGGCUACCACCUUGAUGUAAAAAUUUGUAAAGGAAGUUUUUCACCCUUUUGAGUGUCAAGUGUAUUUUUAACUGUCUGGUUUGUACUUUUACGACUUUUGUACUACCAAAGCAGAGUUAAAAA